ACCCAACUGAGCAGCCAACGAGUACCGGGCUCCUUGAGAAUUCUCCAGCUCAGUUUCUGGCAGUGUUUGUCUAAUUUAUCGUCCCAUUUCAUUGCUCCUGCUUUGAUCUCGCUGAAGUCGUCCUGCAGACUUUUGUGAUUCAACGAGCCAGGCGCCGUUCACUACCCCGCCAUCCGGCGCCCUUGGGUGUGAGUACCGGGAUUCUGCGCCGCCGUGUAAGAGGGACCGCGUAAAUUGAAUUGUAACUAUGGACGGCUUCGAUAUCGACCUACCAUCCGACACGCCGGUUGAUGCGGCAGAGGCACAAGCUGAACAGAAGUCAUAUGUGCCCGCCGACCAACUGAGUCUUGCCAACAUCACAGGUGAAGCGCCGUAUCUUUCUGCGUUGGAAACAGAUGAUGCGAAGGUCCUCGUUGGGCGGUUCGUACAUGUCAUAGUUGCUGCGUCACAAACAUCGUCUGACCAGAAUUCUGACGCUCCGUCCGAGCCGGAAACUCUGGUGGAACCUUACGAGGCUGUACGGAUAGGCUCAGCAGCUUUCAACGCCUUUUUACAAGCAAAUGUUACGGGGCCCGUGUUAGAGGGGGCAGCAAAAUGCGAACAGAAUUUUGCGUCUGCAUAUGACAGGUCUGUAACAGAUGCUCAGCCGAAAGCUAAGCCUGGACAGCCUUCCAUCGACUUGCUCAGAAGAAUUUGUCUCAGGUCACUGGAUGUUGACGGUGUGUCGGUGUAUUCAUAUAUACCACAUAUCGAGCUCUUCUCCCUUGCAAAGUGGAUAUUCACUUCGGGAAAGGUAGUGCUUCCGGAUAUAAAAGACCUGACAAGAGAGCUGGCAUGGAUGCGUUUCCGGAUACACUUAUGGCACUACAAGCUUCUUUCACAGCCUUCGCUGAGUUCCGGGUCCUUGUUCACGAAAAGUGGCAGGUUUACGGAUGUCGCAACAUUACAGGAGCUGAUUGAACAGACCCUGGUGGAAGCCAAGAAACAGGUGCUGGUUGACAGCAACGAAACACCGAAAGAUGGAAAAGUCCAGUUCUUACUUGAAGAGGCGAAUGCACAUCUCAUGCUCGGAUAUGACCAUCGGGCGAAGCAAGCCCUUGACCAAGCCGCAGGAAUCAGCGGGUUUGUUUAUGCGCUUUCUGGUGCGCUGGGCAAGAGGACAAAGUGGCAGGAGAAAAGUACGAGUCAGCUUGUUGUGCUCGCAAAAAGCAGUGAGGAUGACGAAGUGCCACAAGACAACUUGAAAGACUCAGCGCCAAACGCGUUGGCAUUGAACGAUGACACCUUGCUGGAGAAGAUCUCUUUCGCAGAUGAACAAGUGGAGGAUCUUUCGGAAUCAAGGUUGCCGGAAUCUUUGCAGGGACUCACACCUGAAGCCCAACCACAGUUGAAGACGGAGGAUCAAAUCAUUCUUCUCACUGAAGCAACGUUGAAGGAUACGUUCUCUCCUGCGGAUGCUCUGACCUCGGAAGAGAUCCUGCCAUUCGCAGUAAGGGUUAUCGAGGAUAAACCAGCGAAUUGGCAGGUUUAUACACAAGCGCUUCUUGUACGGUCAAGGAUUGAACUUAACCGAAGUCGGACAAUUGAGCGUGGCGUCUUGCAGAUGCAGGCUGUAGUUGAUCAAGUCAUCGUCGAUACCGAUUCUGCCGCACCACAAGGCAGGGAUAUCGAUAAACUAGAUGAACCAAGUAGUAACCAGCCAGUGCCAACCAUCGAAGUUUCCGACGCGAAUGGUGCCCCUCAAGCCAAUGACCAAGCCAAGGCCACAACAUUCUUUCCGGCCGCUAAGGCAUCGGAAACAGCUUCGCCACAGAUUCGCUUACGGUACGCUCAUGCGCUCGCAUCGCCUCCAAGAUGGCACCUCGAAUCCGAGCUCGCAUUUGCUUGGACAUCUGUAGGGUCUCUAGUCUCGGCACUAGAAAUAUUCAAACGUUUGCGGCUCUGGCCUGAGGUUGCUCUGUGUCUUGCAAGUAGUGCGAGCACCGACGACCCAGACGGCAGAGGUAGCGGAGGUGAAGAAAAGGCACGAGCGAUUAUUCGAUGGAGACUGUUCAACCGCACUGAUAAGUCUUCACUAGACGAUGAAGAAGAUAUUGACAGAAUACCUGAUAUACAUAGUCUGAAGGCGGCGGAUUACUGCGGGACUGAGCGCGAUCCCCCCCCGCCAAACGCUCCUCGUCUUUGGUGCAUCCUCGGCGAUAUCGAGGAUGAACCGAAACACUACGAGCGUGCAUGGGAGAUAUCGAAGCACCGCUUUGGGCGAGCUCAAAAAUCACUCGGAGAAAUCUACCUAAGGCAAAAAGAAUUUGAAAAGGCUGCGGACGCCUACAGACUGGCUGUAAGAGUCAACAGGCUCAGUCCUGAGUUAUGGGGCAGGCUGGGCGAUAUCGAGCUCAGACUCGGUCACUUUCCCGACGCAGCGGAGGCUUUCCAGCGAGGAAUUGGGGCAUCCAACGGCGAAGAAGGGGGUGAAGGUGCAAGAACGUGGAGCAACUUGGGAACGGCGCUCCUGUCGUGGUAUAAACAAGUUGCAAAGGAGAGCAAGAGUCUAAAGGAGAAGGAGAAGGCUGCAGAUAUCGACGACGAGGAUCAAUCUGCCGCCAUCAAUGAUGACAUCGAUCCCACGAAGACCCCAGCAAUAGCACGCGCCGCUGAACUCAAUAAGCCAGCUUACAAACUGCUACAAGACGCUCUCGCUGCUUUCAAGCGCGGUGCCACGAUCGCCAACACUAACUGGAGGAUCUGGGACAACGUCGUUACGCUCGCGGCUUCUCUCUCUCCCGAACCCGCUCUGGGCGAUGUGAUACUUGGCACUCGAAACGUUCUUCGUAUCCGAAACAGCGAGGAGGCUCUUGAUGCCGAAAUCCUUGGCCUACUCGUAAGACACAUCAGCAAGGAUUCGCCAACCACACCGGGAGACGGCGUCUACAUGGCGCCCAGAGGCAGCAUCGAGAACAAGGUCAUCGCAUUGUUCGAGGACGAGGUCGUGCCGCUCAUCACGGCCAAUUCCGAGAUCUGGUCCCUAGUAUCGCGGCUGCGAGCCUGGCGACGGGAUUACACCGGCGCCCUGGACGCAGCGGAAAAGGGCUGGCGAGCUGCCUUGGGAUCUGCGGCCUCUUCUUCUUUGUCUGCGCCGAUAGGAAAUGCGGCCACCGGAAGUGGUAACGGAAAUUGGCAGUCCGGCGAGGACAAGGAGGCCUGGGAUACAGUUGUAGCGAGGACGAGCGAGCUGGUCGCCGCUUACGAGAACUGGGGGCCCAGGAUUGAGAGCAUUGGCGAACAAAGAUGGAAAGGAAAAGCUAGGAGCGCCGUGAGAAGUGUCACGGGCAAGGGUAAAGAGAUGUGGGAAGGCAGCGAUGGCUGGAACUCACUGCAGGCAUUGAUGGAGGACUUGAGGUCGUGAGUAAAAAUGAGGCAUGAGGCAUCUUGAGACACCAAUUGCAUGGAGGGCAAAAAGAAGAAAGGAUAGAAGGCUGGCAACAGCCAUAGUAUAUACUGAUAGAUAUCAAAUACUAGUGACGGAGCUAUGUCCAGAAACAUCCA